GUCAAGAAGACAUCCCACAUAGCAGCCCACUAUGCGGCCUGCCAACUAUCUGCCCAGGCCAGAGCUUUUGCUCUCGGCCUUCACCUCGGUCUCGAUUUUCGGCGCCAUGGUAAUGGCUCAGGACGACAAGGAUAAGGAAAGCGCUGCUGGCGCUUCCGGUGCCGCCGCCGCUCCUGCAGCUACCAACACGAACGACGACAAGAACAGCGAAGCCAGCAAGGCCAGCGCGACCGCCGCCGAAUCCGCCAAAGAGUCGAACACUGACAACAAGUCCGAAGAUAACAAGUCUGAAGCCGAGUCAAAGACCGAAGAGAAGGAGCCUGCAAGCACCAAGGAGGAAUCAAAGCCCACAGCAACAAAGGCUUCAUCUACCGAAGACAAGGAGGAACCUUCAUCCACCGAGAAAGAGGACCCUACAUCCACCGAGGACGAUCCGACAAGCACAAUCCAGUCCAAGAUCACAUCGAUCAAGUCCAUUUCAGAUUCAGUUGAGACGGGAUUGCCAACUUUGACAAAGGUCAAAGCGAUCCCUACCUACCCGGCUGCGACCGUUCCGCCAACCAGCAACGCGCCUUUCAUGCAGCACUCGAGCGCUCCUGAUGGAACUGUUUUCAUUGCUGUUGGCGCGAUUCUUGGAGCACUUGGCGCUGCCAUUCUCCUCUGGCGACUCAUUGUGGGAAUCCUUCUUCACCGAUCUGUUGAGCGAGCUGCCAAGGCUCAGCACGAUGCCAACGCAAAGCAAGGGUUUCCCGCUCCGCCAGCACCAUUCUACAAGUAUACCGAUACUGGUUCCACCAUGUCUCUCUCAGCUGGCCGGGGCGUCCGACGUACCACCCGCGGGCCCGUCCUCUCGUCAACCCCCAGCGCGUCUAACCUGUUCUUCUCGCCCACUGCUGCUGCAACUGGUAACGGCGGCGCUGGAAACCGUGGCUCAGCCUUCCUACCUUCAGGCUUCUAUGCGGCAGGCACCAGUUCUCCUGGUGGGAGCCAUGAGCACUCCAUUAGCUUGACCAACCUGCGCCCCGACUCUCGUGGCCAGUUUGGAAACCCUUCACGCCACACCCUAAACAUCACUCCUCCCGAAUCACCAGCUGUCAACCCCCGAAGAGACAUCAGCAACUCAUCUUUGAACCUAAACCGGCCGCCAAGCCAGCGCGCCCCCAGCGCAUUCCUCGACGACCUCCUGGCCGACGACCCCUCAAGCCUACCACCUCCACAGAUGCCUGCGUCCAGUGGAAGGCAUUCGUCAUACGGCAGUGGCUCACCUGGCGGCAUGAACCGGUUCUAGGUUGACAUGACACAGCGUAUUCGAUAAUUUAGAAAAGCGUACAUGCGAGCGACUGUUCACACACCAUCGCUCUCGGUCACCAAAACACAGGUGUUACAGGAGGGCCUUGCUCGAUUCAUUUUCAGCGGCGUCCGGGUGUUGGCAUUUUCAAAGGGGCACGACUUGGAGAUAACUUUCUUGGUUCGUUCAGGCACAAUGGUGUAAUAUCUCACUUUUUUUUACCAACUUUUCUAAUGUGCUCGGCAUGGUCACGAGCGGGGGAUUCUUUUUUCUGUGUAAGAGUUGGACAUGGGCAUGGAGACACGACAGGAGUUUCCAGUACGAUGACGCCCAUUAUGUUGCACAGCCGAGCCGAGACGGCCAAUGUUGAGGACAGCGCAAAAAUGCCGACGAGUUUGGAUUCAUCCUAGCUCACCGAAAGGUUUGGUCUCUUUCCAGAAGCUUUCUGGUUCUUGUUAGUACAUAGCAUUUGUUCAAUACGAGGUAUUCACAACG